AUGGGGUUUCUGCCCCAGCCCCAAGAAACUGAUCAUCCGCAUCACCAUACCUACGGCUCGGAAUGUAGUCUGGCUCCCGUCGUCGAGCCCAGCCCGGAAACGCCCCUCCUGGCCGGCAUCCCCCCUAUAAACGCUCAGUUCUUUUAUCAUAGCCUCGUGCCCAUCGAUGACCCCCUCUCCACCGCAACCGCCACCACUUCGGCUGACGGGCGACCCGCCAAAGGCAUCCUAAGGCCUUUCUCCCACGCCGACAACAACGCCCUAGAAGCCGCGUGGCUAACCCUCGCCGACGAAGACCACCGGAACAACCACGAUGCCUCCCUCAAGAACCAGCGCCCCGGCCCUGCCCUGGCCGCCGCCAACGCCCGGAAACUGGACACCAUCGUCGAGCAUCUCAUCCGCGCCCACAAGGAGAAGCACUCCCACGACGCCCGUGCCCCCCCUCCUCCUCUCGAGCCCCCUCUAGACGCGCUCGCAGCCACCGACCUCGGUGUGUGCUGCCAAGAGCUCCUUAUUGAUGCCUCUAACAGGCUGCGCGAGGUUUUUUGCGAGGUGUCGAGGGGCUUCCAGCCAUCGCUGAGCCAGAAGCAUGUCGUUGCAAAGGUCAUGUCCGUCUUGGGGGACGGACGCACGCGGGCGGCUGUCACUAAUGCCGUGCCGAUCCAGGCGCAAGCCGUGGUUGCUUCCUCACCCAGGGCCGACACAUUCGUCUCGCCCGCCCUAUCCACCUCUGCCAGGGGCCGAGCCUCGUCCCUUGCCUCAAACCCCGUCGCCAGUCGCUCAGCUUCCCUCGGGGGUGGCGCUGGACCAGCCCCCUUCGGCACUCCGCCCCAGCCCGAAACACCUGCCAUGAGGCUGCGUCUUGCCCACCCACAGGUGACCGACGGAAUAUCAGGGCGGCCUUUCGUCAGGGUUGGAGAUCCCGAUGGCGAUUUGGCCUCGGAACCAGGGUCGUUGCGUGAAGCCGCAAAACAACAUACGACAGAUGAUGCCACAGCCGACCAGCACUUUACCGCGCAUGAGUCACAAACGGAUACCACGCCCAUCCCACCCGGGAACAGUAUCACCGAACUCGAGCCCCGCGUCGUUGCAGUCUCCGUAGGAGUGUCAAAGCUUCAUGAGGUAUCCCUGCCUGUACUGCAGAUGAAGCCCAUAUACUGGUCCCCCGUCAAUGACAUCGCCAUUGUCUCCAGAUCAACUUGGUUUUAUCGCGAUACCAUGGUGCCUCUAGACCCUAGCAUUGCCAAUCAGCUGGAGGCAGGAUAUCGAGAGCUCAGAGCAUUCAGCCAGGAGUGGCAGGAAGAGCUUCGCUGCGCCGUCGAAGUCGGUCCUUUGGGUGAAGAAAAAGUGUCUCACCCGCUGUGGCCCGAAGAUACUGCUCCUCUUGGUUCAGGGACACAGGGUCCGGGGGUAUCCAUCGCAUCCGACCCAUUCUGUGCAGCCCGUUGCUAUCAGGGUGAGGCUGCCGCCGAAGGGACCCUUGAGCCUGCAGACGCCGGGAAGGAGGGUUCUGAUGGAACUCCAGCGCAGGGGCGCAGCUAUCCCUCUCACCAUGUGCUUUACAGAAAUGAUAGGGCGGCAUUCCUCCUGAAACCGAGUCUCAAACCAUCUGCGUACUACGGACGGCGGCCUCUGCAGAAAAUCAUGAAGGGCUUGACUGUCGGCAUCCCAGUCAUUCGAGGCUUCGACCGAGACAGUUGGAUUCAACUGCACGAGAAGAAAAGGCCGGCCCGCGCAAGAGACCCUCAGAAGUCCGCUAGCGCCGAAGCUUCAAUGCCCGGGGGUUGCCCCGGCUGCAAGGCGGAGGAGGACCGUGGACAAGUCACGGACCUCGUACUCAUCGCCCAUGGAAUUGGUCAAAAGUUCGCUGAGCGGGUGGAAAGCUUCCACUUCACCCACGCUAUUACGGCAUUUCGCCGUUCCAUGAACAUUGAGCUUCGAAGCCCUGAGGUCAAAUCAGUUCUCCGCGAGGCGCACAACGGCAUCAUGGUCCUUCCCGUGAACUGGAGGCAUCAUCUAUCAUUCGAAGAUGGCGGCCCUAUGACUGACGCGGACAAGGCGACCUCGGCUUCAGUCACUUUCAACCUGAAGGACAUUGAGCCCAAUACGAUCCCAGCUGUGAGGAGUCUGAUAUCAGAUGUCAUGUUUGAUAUCCCAUUUUACCUUUCCCAUCAUAAGAACAAGAUGAUAUCCGCGCUCGUCAUGGAAGCAAAUCGUGUUUAUCGACUGUGGUGCCGUAACAAUCCAGGUUUCAGCCAAAAAGGAAGGGUUCACCUUAUCGCCCAUUCCCUCGGAAGUGUCAUGGCACUCGAUGUAUUAUCCCGGCAGCCAAAUAUUCCCCCACCUUUGGACUUGAAUACCCCGAUGCCCCAGUCACAAUUCUUUGAGUUCGACACGACCAACCUAUUCCUCCUGGGCAGCCCAGCUGGCUUUUUCCUCCUUCUUGAACGUGGCAGUCUCACGCCUCGCAAUGGCCGGCAAAAGCCCGGGGCAGAAGCAGCUGAUACAAUUGCCAAGGAUGUAGUGCGCGAGGAGGGUGUGUUUGGCUGUCUCGCCGUCGAUAACAUUUACAAUGUCUUGGCCAAAGAGGACCCUAUAGCCUACCUCCUGAACGGCACUAUCGACCCAAUGUUUGCCGAGAACCUGAGGACCGCUCACGUACCAAGUACAAUCAGCUCAUGGUUCUCGUCGAUCCGCGGCUUCGUGAAACCCGCCGGCUCGGCCCCGAGCACCGACCUGGCCCCGGCACUUGCGAAGCCACCAACAAGCCGGCUACCCUCUCAGCUUGAGUUGGAGGUGCACGAUUUCACACGCGAGGAAAUCGCAGAGAGGAAGGCAUUCCUACUCAAUGACAACGGCCAGGUGGAUUAUUACCUCCGCUCUGGAACCGGCCCCUUGGAGCUUCAAUAUCUCAACAUGCUCAGUGCGCACACUAGCUACUGGACAAACAACGACCUGAUCCGUCUACUGUGCAUGGAGAUCGGGAGGGAGCCCGGAAAGGCGAACACGUUGCCGGCGUUGAGGGCUGUGAAAUUGACUAGGGGGGACCGGCUCAAGAAAUAG